UUGCUGUGUAAAGGAAGGAAGUUUGCAGAGAUACUCCUGUUUGCAACGAUGGAAACACGGUGCAUACUGAUAUUUUUAUUUAUUACCAUCAUCGUGCUUGCUCUUGGACAAGAAUCAUAUGGUAAUGGAUAUAAGGUGUCGAAAAAUGGGAACAAUAAGAAGGAAAAUGAUGAAGAUACGAACACAAAUGAUAAUAGGAAUUAUAAAAAAUAUCAUGUAACUAAAAUAAAUAAAAAUGGAGAUUUUAUUGGACAUGACAUUCGAGAAGCAAGGUCCAAUUCAGCCAUUAAUGAUUCGGAACAAUUCAAUUCUGUGACAUCAAUAUCAUCAUCCUCAUAUUCUUCGUCCUCAGAUUCAUCCUCCUCCUCCGAGUCAUCAUCAUCAUCAUUUUCUUCGUCCUCUGAUUCAUCUUCAGAUUCAUCUUCGUCAUCCUCCGGCUCGUCAUCAUCCUCUGACUCGUCUUCGUCGUCCUCCGGCUCGUCUGCGUCGUCCUCCGACUCGUCAUCGUCGUCCUCCGACUCGUCAUCGUCGUCCUCCGACUCGUCUUCGUCCUCCUCCGACUCGUCUUCGUCGUCCUCCGACUCGUCUUCGUCAUCCUCUGACUCUUCGUCGUCAUCCUCCGAUUCAUCAUCCAUCUCUUCAGAUGACCCAACUACUAAAAGAGCAACAGAGCAAACACCUGCGGUAACAACUCACAAUGAAACACCUACUUUAACACCCAUAUCAACUGAAGGACCUACUACCCUUCAAACGCCCCUAACUGCUGAAGGGCCCACCACCCCUCUAACAACCCCAACCACUGAAGAGCCCACUACCCCUCAAAACCCAACUACUGAAGAGCCCACAACCCCUCAAACCCCAACCACUGAAGAUCCCACUACCCCUCAAACCCCAACCACUGAACAGCCCACUACCCCUCAAACCCCAACCACUGAAGAUCCCACUACCCCUCAAAACCCAACUACUGAAGAGCCCACAACCCCUCAAACCCCAACCACUGAAGAUCCCACUACCCCUCAUACCCAAAACACUGAACAGCCCACCACCCCUCAAACCCCAACCACUGAAGAGCCCACUACCCCUCAAGCCCAAACCACUGAAGAUCCCAAUACCCCUCAAACCCCAACUACAGAAGAGCCCACAACCCCUCAAACCCCAACCACUGAAGAGCCCACUACCCCUCAAACCCAAAACACUGAAGAGCCCACUACCCCUCAUACCCAAAACACUGAACAGCCCACCACCCCUCAAACCCCAACCACUGAAGAGCCCACUACCCCUCAAGCCCAAACCACUGAAGAUCCCAAUACCCCUCAAACCCCAACUACAGAAGAGCCCACAACCCCUCAAACCCCAACCACUGAAGAGCCCACUACCCCUCAAACCCCAACCACUGAAGAUCCCACUACCCCUCAAACCCAAAACACUGAAGAUCCCACUACCCCUCAAAACCCAACUACUGAAGAGUCCACUACCCCUCAAACACCCCAAACCACUGAAGGACCUACAACCAUUCUAGUUCUCACAACCACUGAAAGUGCCACAGUGCAACCCUCUACGACGACAACAUCGGAUUUUGAAGAAACCGGGAGUGGCGAUGGAGACAACCCCAGCUUGAGUCCAAGUUCAUUUACAACACCGCAAGCACCAACUGUAGGGAAAAAUGAAAGCAUUUCAAAUAAUCAAGAUCGCGAAAUUCAGCUUAAGCAGAAAUUUCGGGAGGCUUCUACUGUCACUUUAAAAGAAAAGUAUCUAGCACAAUUAUUGGAGAUUCUCAUAAAUGGUUUGUGUAAGGACUAGUGGCGUUGUUGGCUGAUGCGUCCUCAGAUGAUUGGACUGAAUAUCAAGAUAUUGGUGUGGUUCCGAGCCACAUCCACAGAAUAAUUAAACAUUAGAAUUAUACCAAUAAAUAUAUAUUCGUAUUUUUACGUCAUUAUUAAAAAAAAUUAAUUGUUUUGUUUUCUUUUAAACUUAUUGCCCUAUAAAAUGUUAUAUAGGCAAUAAAAUAAAUAAUUUGUAAAAAAAAUUAAUUUUUUAUAUUUUUAACAGCAUUAUUUC